AUGUCGCAGCUACUUCUUCAGCUCCCGUUUGAGCUGCAGCAGGCUGUUCUGGAGUACGUGGGCUCAAAGGCCCUGAUACAGCUGCUUGACCACCCGGUAUUACACGAUCCCGCAUUCCAGGCGCUCAGAAAGGGGAUCGUGCUGAUUCCCCAGGAGAUCAAGCGAUCCGACAUGUGCAAAGUGGACAUGUCGGUUUUGAGCGGGUCUUUGGACUAUGCGCGGUUAAAACGGUACAUCAAGGCAAACAAAGUGAGUCUGUUUUAUGUGGAAAUAUACUGGAAGCUGGACUUGUCAAAAAUCGAGUUCGUUUUGGAAAAUACUGCAGGAAUCAAAAUCGGGUGCUCGUAUCUCGAGGAGCUGUAUGUUUUCCGCAACGGCAAAUAUUUGGACAAGGUGCGGUCGCUGAAGGGUCUCAUAUUGUGUUUUGGGCUGUCGAAACUCAAUACAAGCAAAGACGUUCUGACGCGACUAACGCAUCUAUCAGAAAUCGAUAUCUGCACGAGCUCCACAAUGUACCAUUCCAGAGAAUAUGAGAGAAUCCUGGAGAACAUCAUUCGCAUCAACCCAAACAUCGAAACUGUCAAGUUGCGCAUCGACACGCUAAUUUCCACGCCACUGCCGGCGUACCUGCAAACGGUCAGCAAAAUGAAAAUUAAAAAGCACAUCAGCAUAAAUAUGAAGGAUCGGUCACUGCUAGGAGCACCAAAUGGGCGCUCGGGCCGGACGAUAUUCAACAGCAUUUUUUCGGCCAUCAAAACAAUCGGUCUUGAUAGCAUAUACGAGCUGGACCUGUCGCUGAAAGAAGAGCUCGACGCUUCGCAUCCAGACCUGUCCUGGCUAAAUAAAAUGCACAGCCUGAAAAGUUUGUCGAUCAAGGUGGUGGGAGAUAAAGCGCAGAGCUGCAACUAUGUGAUAGGGCUGGAGAGCAAAUAUUUGACGUCGCUCGCAAUCAGCGGGAUGCUGCUCACGCAGAGCGGCAUAGGGUUCUGCAAGCUGGAAAACCUGAAAGUUCUAACAUUUUCCAAUUGCACGUUUUCCACUGCAGCCUCAGAUCUUCUCAACACGGGCUUACCUAAACAUCUGGAGAAUUUGUGCCUAACCAACUGCAAGUUGGACUGGCACAAGGUGACGUUUCCCAAACAGCUUGGCAGAAUCUGCAUACUAAACUCCAAGCUGAUCGAGUUCUCGACGGAUAUUCGCUCUCGGUUCAACAUAGUGCCAUUGCUUUCGGAAUUUAUCAAAAUCUACCAUCUGGACCGGCAGUGGGCGGGACGAGCAUAG